GAAGAUCCUGAAACACCCUACGGUUCUCCAGAAUCGUAAACAAGCAGGGAGGAGCGCAAAUAGAAGCUCUUGCUCGUAUAUAAAUACACAAACCAAACUAAUUAAACUAAAGACGUUAUUGGACAGCACGGGUGUCUCCGGUUGUAUCAGACUACAAGGAUAGAUGUGCGGACUGAAAUAUCCAUUCUUUCGAUUUGAAUGUUACGUUGAACAAUGGUGAAAAUACCCUGGUAAACUGCAGAUUACUGAAACUGCAGUUAGUGAAACCAAGAAUACGGGGGUCUUCAUUGUACUGGUAUUCAUCUGGGAUAAGAGCUUCACUUUGGAUAUAUCUAUUAUUAACAUCUAAACUUAAAGAAAAUGGAUGCCAAAGCUAUUUACAAUAUGCUGGUCCAGAAGAUCAACAAAUUCAGUUUUGGUGGCACUAGUGUGCCAUGCCAACUGCGGCUGACGAGUGACAUGGCUGUGCCGGUGGCUGUGGGUCCUUCAGGCCACGUCCUUAUUGCGGCUUCCCCGUAUGGCAAGGGUCGGAUUGUUGUGAUGGCUCAUGAGGCAUACAUGGAAGAACCGGAAUUUGGUCAGUUUCUUCAGAAUGCUGUUUCCUGGCUUCAACCCCAGCCAGAUUCUUGGGUUGGUGUACGUAAGCUAAAUCUCCUUACUGAGCAUUUAUCCAAGAAAGGAUUCAAUGUCAAGUCUUUAGCUAAAUUUGAUGGUUCUGUGGGCGUCUUCUGCUGCGAUGCCUACCAUGAUAAUGAAGCAGCAGAGAUGGUGGAGUUCUUAAAGGGGGGUGGUGGGCUCCUUAUUGGCGGUCAGGCAUGGCAUUGGUCUUACAGUCACAAGGAGCAGGAUCUUCAGUCAUUUCCUGGAAAUAAAAUAACCAGAGUUGCUGGGAUCUCAUUCACCGCCGCUUAUGGGGAAAAGGGCUCCUUUCCUGUUCUUCAGAAAAUACCACUGCAACCCAUUUUUACUCCGAAUUGCAAGGAUAAUGGAGAAGCUCUGAAAAUUCUCCUGGAUGGAUUAACUCAAUUUGACCUGCAAAACUCCAGUGUACCCUCAUCUCUGCUGGUCCAUGGCCUCCUGGCAUUCUCCAUUGCCCAGGAUGAGACGGGAGAAGUGUUUUUGGCUGCAUCUCAUUAUGGGGGUGGUAGGGUAGUGGUGAUACCCCAUGAAGGUUACCUCGACCAACCUGCCAUGCAAACCUUCAUCCUUAAUGUCAUCCAUUGGCUAGACGCAGGGAGGAAUCAACAAAUCUUGGUGAACCCAGAAAUAAAACAUUUGCAUAAAAUGCUCUCAAUCCACAAUAUUAACAGCAAAGUCUCUAAUCUCAAUGCUACAGCAGGUGUCUACUGCUGCUCCUCUUACAGUGAUGCUCAAGCUGAGGAGAUCCACUGCUUUGUGUCUGAGGGUGGUGGGCUGUUGAUGGCAGGUCAAGCAUGGUGGUGGUCCUACAAUAACCCUGGACAAGACCCAACUGCAGGGUACCCUGGGAACAGAAUCCUCAAUCGAUUUGGGAUCAGCAUACUACAGCACACUGUUGAGCAGAAACUCUACAAGGCUCCCAGUGUUGACAAAGCUUUGAAGUGUCCUCACUUCCGCAAAGAGCUCUCUGAAAUGAUAAGUCAUGUGAAGGACCAUAGAUCUCUGCAGGAUUUCAAGUCAUCAAUGAGUCAUUUCUCUAGAAAGUGCACUUCCUUCCUAAAAAUGAAGGCUCAUUACAGUCCCAUGUACACCGGGGUUUUGGAGGAGUUAACCUCCGUUGUCACAGGGAGCAGUGUUCUCAAAGUUAGUCCAGAGUUUCCCGUGAAAAGUGAGACAGAAAAGCUCAUACUGCAUCUUGCUGAUACCAUAUAUGAGCUGAAUCCAGGACAACUGACCACAAGCAUUCUGAGACCGUAUGUUUCCACUCCUAUUACAACCAUUACCAUUGAUGGCAGCAAUAAAGGUGAAGAAUCAUGGAGAAGCACUGGCCUUUAUGUGUCUCCCGGGACGCAAGUGACAAUUUGUGUCCCACCGGGUGUCUCUGGGAAAGGCCUGCAAGUGCAAAUCGGCUGCCACACUGAUGACCUGAGUCACCUUAACGAGCUGAAACGGGCACCAGUGGCCACUAGGCGCUUCCCAGUUAAAUCAGAGAGGGUGAAUGUGUCCAGUCUCUGGGGAGGACUCCUGUACCUCAUCGUACCUCCAAAGAGUCAGCUUGGCAGCUUGCACAUCGUUGUGGAGAAUGCAGUCAAGGCCCCCUACUUCAAACUGGGACUGAGCACAGUUUCCAGCUGGCAGUCCGGUGGACGCUCUAAUCCUGCCCCAUGGGCAGAGCUGGAGGCUGACAGCAUCAUCUUGACGGUGCCUUCAAGUGAUGUGCGGCACCUGGACGACCCCACACCCUUACUGACCCUCUGGACCAGCAUCAUGGAGGGCAUCUCCAAACUGGCUGCUGGCCCCUCCCCUUUUCCACGCCCCGAGCGUAUCGUCGCAGAUGUUCAGAUAUCUGCAGGAUGGAUGCAUUCUGGGUACCCUGUUAUGCUUCAUCUGAAAUCUGUGAGGGAAAUAGCCCAGGUUGAGUACAUGAGAUCUGAAGGUAUGUGGGGUCCCAUCCAUGAACUGGGACACAACCAGCAGAGGGAUAUGUGGGAAUUCCCUCCACAUACCACAGAAGCCACCUGUAACCUGUGGUCUGUCUACAUUCAUGAGACAGUACUAAACAUUCCCAGACACAAAGCACAUCCUGCUCUCAAGCCAGAAGCUCGUAAAGUGACGAUAAAACAGUACGUUGUGAGUGGAGCAAACUUAAAAGACUGGACGACCUGGACAUGUUUGGAGACCUACUUGCAGCUUCAGGAAGGCUUUGGUUGGGAAGCUUUCAUCCAGCUCUUCUCUGACUAUAAGGCGAUGCCCCACAGUGAGAUGAAGAAGGAGGAGAAGAUGAAUCUGUGGGCAGAAAAAUUUUCUCAGAAGGUGAAGAAAAACCUGGUGCCAUUCUUUAAGGCCUGGGGCUGGCCUAUUGAGGACCAGGUGGCUAAGAAAGUGUCAUCUUUGCCAUCCUGGGACAAAAAUCCCAUGAUAGGUUACCUUUAAGUUCUAGUGAUCAUUCCGUUUUUCAUUUAGUGUUUAAUGACUCCAUAUACAGACUCAUGUGCCAGACAAUGAAGAUUAUGGAAAUCCUGAAGGGCACAACACUCCAGCAAAUAUGAAAACAUCAGCAAAUACGUAAACAUACCACCGACAUUAAAACACGCCAGCAAAUAAGAAGAGACCAGCAAAUACGUAAACAUACCACCGACAUUAAAACACGCCAGCAAAUAAGAAGAGACCAGCAAAUACGUAAACAUACCACCAACAUUAAAACACCCCAGCAAAUAAGAAGAGACCAGCAAAUGCAAAAACAUGCCGUUACAUAAAAGAAUAUGUCAGCACAUAAGAAAACACCGGCAAAUACAAAAACACACCAGCAAAUAAGAAAACAUGCCAGCAAAUAUGAAAAUACACCAGCGAAUGGGAAAACACCACUGCCACUUGCGUUACAUAGAUAGUAGCUACUAAAUAAAAAUCUUGUCACACAGAAUAAUGUUUUCACCUUGGACAGCCAAACAAUAUCAUUAUCUGAUAUUACUGUAACCAACUCACUGCUCCACUUGUCUGUUGAGUUUGGAUGAUACAUAGCUACUGAUUUGUUUUCCCUGUAUUUGCAACAAGUAUUUGAACCACAGAUAUAAUGAAAGUGGUAGUGCGCUAUAAACAGUGCGAUGAAAGAAGUGUGUUCACUGGGUAACUUACUAAAUAUAGUUUAGGGAUGCAACGGAUCACAAACCUCACCCUUUGGCUCGUAUCAUGCUUUUUGAGUCACGGACAUUUAUUGGAGAUAAAUUUAACUUUGCUUUUCAUUUAUUACUCAAACAACUUAACUCAAAGCAAGGAACUUUUAACACAUGCCUCUUUAACAUGAACACACAACUGUAUUGUCUGUGUGUUUUCACUGCAACUCUGCCUCAGGACUUAUUUUUCUUGUGAUCUUAGCAUAGCCGAAAUUGUUCAGUUGAAAUCACAAGACAAAAGUUGUAAUUACAAAUGUGAACAGAAUUUGUCAAGAGACAGUUUAGGUGAUGACUUAGUCAUACAUUAGAGCUUAGUGUGGCACAACUGAUUACUGCUUAGUAAUUUGUAAACUCGUGCACCAUAGACUACGGUCGAACUUGCGCUUAAAAGGUGAAACCCAAUGCAGAAACCUUGUAAGUCUCCAUAUCCAUGUAUAAAGACUGUUCAGGCCUGUCAGGAGGAAAUAUUCAAUCCUGUAUGGUACUUUACCUCUGCAAAUGUUAAAUAUAAAAGCGGGAGACAAAGAGGUUCAAGUGAACAAACUAGUGAGAAUAGGCCGUGUCUUUAAUGUCAGUCUGCUGUUCCAUUUGACUGACAAUUUUCUGGAACUUGAGCAGCAAGGACUGAAGAAUAAUGACCACUUAAUUUGUGGUGUCAGUUGGAAGUUUGUUUCAUAUUGUGCCUUUUAAAUAAGAGUCAGUGAUCUUUAAUCACGAUCCAUCACGAUUUAAUCAGAUCUUUUAAAUGCAUCAUAAUAACUAUAAGUGAAAUUCUUGUGCUUUGAACACAGUUAAAAAAAAAGCAACUGCGGCAGGGACUGUUUAGACCUCACUGAAAGUGAUGACAUGUAAACUAUAGAAGUAGGUGCUUGCAUCAAACAGUGUGGGACAGAUAAUAUUAUGAAGAGUGAAAAUGAAUAGAAUAGGGAGACAUCAAGCUCUGACACUUCACUGUCAUCCACUGUGUAGUCUUACAUUUAUUAUUGUAACCAUAGAAUUGUCUUGUAACCAUAUCUUUGCAUGCUACAUUUUGUUUAAUAAUCAUCAAAGUAAUACACAGGUUUCUUAAUCAUGGAAUGUUACUGUAAACACAAGUUCCCAGUAAUUCAGUACUGUGUGUGCUGUCCCAGUAUAUUCAUUAAAACCCUGUAACAACGAAAA